AUGUUCUUUGCUCAGGUGUACAAGCAGAAGAUGAAGCACCUCCUGUGUGAACACCAGAACACGAUCUCUGAGCUGAAAGCAGGUGUUUUAGUCUCCACCGAGAUGAUGCAGACGGAGCAGGAACAAUUAGAGACGGAGCUUUGGAGGAAAAGGAAGGCCAUCAUGGUCGACAUGCAGGAGCUCGACAAUGACAGCCUUGUCAGGGAGCUUGAACUGAAACAUGAUGAAGAAAUGACAACAACCAGGAACAAGUGGGAAGAACAAUACACGGAAAUUACAGCCAAGCAUGAGGAAAAGAUGCUGCUGGUGCGACAGGAGCUGGAAGAGAUGAGGAAAACUGCAGUGAGGAAGACGGAGCAGAAGUGGGACAACCACGUCACCGCUCUGAAGGAGGAUCAGAACCAAUUUUUCAAUGCUGCUACACCGAUUGUUGAUCAAGUGCAUCGGGAUACAAAUAAACUCUUUGAAGUCAAGGGAGAAAUGUCCAGCUUGAUGAGGACAUGGAAGUUGAUGGAAAAGGACCUGGAGCUUAUUUUACUGGACAACACGCGGCUCGCUAAGCUUAUUUCAAAACUUGAGGAGGAAAACACUAAAAUGGAGAAGAAAGUGAAAUUCUACUUGCCAAAAAAGGAUCCCAGUCAUCCCAAUGAAAAAAUCAGAAAGAAGGAACUGGAAAAUUUGAGAUGGGAACACGAGGUUCUGGGAGAGAAAUUCACGAAGCUUCAGCUGGAAAGGGACGAACUGCACAAGACGUUUCCUCAGAGGAUUCAGAAGCUGCAGCAUAAAGCAGAUCAGGCGACCGUGCUGAUGGAGGAGAAGCUGCAAGCCCUGACAGACAGCGUGGAAAACAUGGAGGCUCAGCUCAGCUCGGUGCUUUCAGCCUCUAACGUGGACCAAACGGCCCUCAGCGGGAUCAUAAACAAAGUUGAGGAAACUCUUAUGUCCAGAAAUACUGCCAUCAAGGACUUACAGCACAAGAAAAAUCUGAAGGCUCACAGGGAUUUGCUGCUGACCACUGAAGCCAAGCAAAAGCCUCUCUGUGUUCCUGUGGAGGUGCUGCGUGUAAAUCCAUGAGAGCAGUCUUCUAGGAAAAGCAAGUCUGCAGCGGGAUCUGUGUCUUGGGUGUACCCAAAAUGAGAAGCAUUAAAUCUAAAGAUAUUUAAACAUUUCAUUCUUUUAUUUACCUUUGAUUC